AGUAAAGUCGGCAAAUGCAAGUAUUAAGUUUAAUUUAAGUGUAGGUUGUUGACCAACAUUUGCUUGUUUUAGUUGAUAUCUUUUAUACGAAAUAAAUCAGCACAUGAAUAAUAUAAAAGCAGGUUGAUCUAGAUCUAUAUCUAAAUAUGAUAGUACUUAGUAUUGUAGCUUUUUUAAUUAUUAACGUUCAUAAUGUACGUUGUGGGGUCGGCAUGUUGUAUCCUCAAGAUAGCGAAAGUAGACAGUCGAAGCUCUUGGAUGGAAUAUGGCAUUUUCGUGCUGACUUCUCGCCAACUAGAAACCAAGGUUUUGACGAAGAAUGGUGGAAAAGACCUUUAGCAGAGUCAGGGCCUGUGAUUGACAUGCCAGUUCCUUCAAGCUUCAAUGAUGUAACCGAAGACAAAUCUUUGCGUGACUUCGUUGGAUGGGCGUGGUAUGAACGGAGCUUUUUCAUCUCAUCAGACUGGGCUGCAAAUAAGCGAGUGGUUCUUAGGUUUGACAGUGCUCAUUACUACUCAACAGUCUGGAUCAAUGGCAUUGAAGUUAUGUCUCAUAAUGGGGGUCACCUCCCCUUUGAAUCAGAGGUCCAAGCCCUUGUGAGCUUUGACAAGCCUAACCGUGUCACUGUUGCAGUCAACAAUACUCUCUCACCCACCACUUUACCACCAGGGACCAUCCAGUACCAGACUGACACAACAAGAUAUCCACCAGGAUAUUUCGUACAAAAUCUUCAAAUGGAUUUUUUCAACUAUGCAGGCAUCCACCGUCAUGUUCGUCUCUACACCACACCUCUUGUCUAUGUUGAUGAUAUAACAAUACUGACAGAUGUACAGAGUGGAAAUGCACUGGUCAGCUACCAGGUUGAAGUAGCUGGGGGAGCACCCACUGCCGUAGACAUCACAGCUUAUGAUGCCACUAACAGAGUGGUCGCUCACAGCUCCAAGCUUAUAGACAGCCUGGUCAUACAGUCCCCCACUUUGUGGUGGCCUUAUGGGAUGAAUGAAACUGUUGGUUACAGGUACAUUCUACAGGUAAAUAUUUCUGGGGAUGUAUACAGACAAUACUUUGGCAUACGAACAUUGAAAGUAACAGAAAACCAGUUUUUGAUCAACGACAAACCAUUUUAUUGUCAUGGAGUUGCCAAACAUGAAGAUUCAGAUCUACGUGGAAAAGGCCUUGACUACACACUGAUCACAAAGGACUUUAACCUCCUGAGGUGGCUGGGUGUGAACUGUAUCAGGACAUCCCACUACCCCUACGCUGAGGAAAUCAUGGACUUUGCUGACAGGCAGGGCGUGGCAGUCAUUGAUGAGAGCCCAGGGGUGGGAAUAAAGAAUGACGACAACAUGGGCAAUGAAUCAGUGACUCACCACAAGGAGGUCAUGUCUGAGAUGAUCAGAAGAGAUAAAAACAAACCUUCGGUCAUCAUGUGGUCAGUGGCCAAUGAACCAGACACAUCCAGGAGAGCAUCUGUGCCAUACUUUAAGGCUGUGAUUGACCACACCAGAAUUACAGACCCUGCUCAUCGUCCAGUUACCUUUGUGUGUGACCAGACCUUCACCAAUGAUCUUGUGGUACCAUUUGUUGAUGUCAUCUGUCUGAACCGGUACUUUGGCUGGUACCAGGACACGGGUCACCUGGAGGUCAUCCAAAGACAGCUCCAAACCUACUUUGCUGGCUUCAGAAAUUUGUACAAGAAACCCAUCAUCAUGACAGAGUAUGGUGCAGACACUAUACCAGGACUGCACAGGGAGCCAUCAUUUGUGUUCACUGAGGAAUAUCAGGUGGAGUUCCUAGAGGAGUAUCACAGGGUGUUUGAUGUGGCCAAACAGGAGUAUCUGGUUGGUGAAAUGGUCUGGAACUUUGCAGAUUUUAUGACGCCAGACGGAACAACUCGAGUGGUGGGCAACAAAAAAGGUUUGCUAACAAGACAGAGGCAGCCAAAGCGGGCAGCUUUUGUCAUCAGGGAUCGCUACAAUGCUUUUGUCAAUGGAACAGCUGGCUCCUGCCCGUGUAGCUCCCACAACAAGUACUCAUCCACACCCCACACAUAUUAUAACAAUCAGCCGGAUGUCAUCAUUGGGAAAUGAUUGGUUGUUGUAUCAGAUGUGUGCAUAUUCAGAGCAGUCUUGUGGUUGCUUGAUGCUUAAAGUAUUAUUUGUAUAAAGGGUUUGAUAACUUUAUAAAAGUUAAAUUAGGCCUAAUAGGCUUGAAAUGUAUAAAAGUUUGUUAUGAUUUUAAGGUUUUUUUAUUGAUUUAAUGAAAUUGUAACAAUCAUUAACUAACAAACCUUUCUCGUUUCUGUCUGGCAAUUUACUUGCAAAUUUUAUAACUCAUAACAUCAAUUUCAAAGCUAUCAAUGUAUUAUUAAUUACAAAAUUGUUUUUAGCCUAAAUUCUUCCAUACCGAGUUUCUUCCAGAUAUAUCUUUGGGGGAAAAUGUCUGGAACAAACACUGCUUUCAUAUCUUUCUCAACUAUUUUAAUACUCAUAUCCAAAAUAACUUUGCUCUUUUAUCUUUUCUGGUUUAUCAGAGUUCAAUUUAUAUCUACUUAUUCUUCCUACAGUUCAUGCAAUGUUCUUAUUUUUAGUUGACUAUACUUAUCACUGUAAUGAUGAUUUUAAACUGUUUAUAUAACUAUAUUCUACCCAUGUCUGUGCCUUAUAUGUAAAUAUAUGGUUUACUGCAUAAUAUUUAAAUCAAUAUUUUUUGCAUUUUUAUAAAAAUAUUAUCACUGUUAUCUUCACUGUUUUAAUAAUUGAAGUUAUAGUUAAUUUCUUUUUUAAAUCUUUUAAAGUUGUGUCUAUAUUAAUUGUUAUAACCGGUUAAAGUGCAAUGCCCAUGAUUAAAUAAGCUCGUAUACUUCAAGAGAAGUAACCCAUCAUUGGUCUUCCACCAUUUUGUAUUUACUACUGCUUUUUGAAAGUAAAAGUACUUUGGUAAACAAAGCAAGUUCACUAUUUUUAGAGUAAGUUUUUAGUUUCUAAAUAAUUCAAGUUAGUCUGUUAAGUGUCUUUUUUUUAAGUAUUUAUGUUCAAAAAUUACAUUGUUUAUGUUGUUUAUUUUUUACUUUUAAAACCACCAAUUAAGUAAAUUUUUAGGAGGCUGUUUACUUUUGCUUCAACUAAAACAUUCCACUUUACUAGAUGGUUAAUGCUGAAAAGGCCUUCUGAUAAUAUUUAUUGACCGUACUUCCAGGAUUUUACCAUUUUUUGUUACAAACUAGUGUCCAGAUCCUAAGCUUUACCUUAAUCCUACCUUAAAACUGGUGCUGACCAAAAAAAAUUAACCCCAUACUUGACCAUUGAAGAUUACAAUUUUGUAUGCUUUUAAUGUUCAUAAAUAUAAAUUAAAAUUCUAAAGUGAUUAUCCUGAAUUUGUUCUGUUUAUCAAAUAAGAGAAUAAUGUUUUUCUUAAUUAUAAAUAUGAUAUUGUUAAUGUUUUUCAGUUCUGUUCAAGUACUAUAAAAUUAGUACUUGUUAUAACAAAAUAAUUUUGAUAAUUGACAUAUUCAAAUUAUGACUGAUUAGCUAUUGAAUUAUUUGCACCCUAUUAUUUUGAUUUUUGUACGAAUAAUAAAUCAUACAACAUCCCA